AUGGCGCUGGGCGAGAGUUUUGCCUCGCUCUGCGCUAAACAUAGCUUGGGAGAUGAACACCUUCUGGGGAUUACGAGCUCUCGCACGGUGCUGCGGCUCCGGCUGAAAUCCCAGCUCCUCGCCUCUCCCCUCCCUCCUUUCGAAGCACUGGACUUUGUCCGCAUGCCUGUUCCCAGGAGCCAGGCAGUGAAAAGCAAGAAGAAGCGGGAGCUGAGGAUAACAGGUUUCCCCAUCAAACAGCCUGUUGCCAACACAACGCCCCCGAGGAACUUGGACUCCAGAGCGUUCAUUACCAUCGGAGAUAAAAACUUCGAGGUGGAAGCUGAUGACUUGGUGGCAAUUUCGGAGCUGGGCCGUGGGGCCUACGGCGUGGUGGAGAAAGUCCGGCAUGCACAGAGUGGCACCAUCAUGGCCGUGAAGAGGAUUCGAGCGACUGUGAACACUCAGGAGCAGAAGAGGUUAUUGAUGGACUUGGACAUCUCCAUGAGGACAGUUGACUGCUUCUACACCGUCACCUUCUACGGAGCUCUCUUCCGUGAGGGCGAUGUGUGGAUCUGCAUGGAGCUCAUGGACACCUCCCUAGAUAAAUUCUACAAGAAAGUGCUGGAGAAGAAGAAAACUAUCCCUGAAGACAUUUUGGGGAAAAUGGCUGUGUCGAUUGUACGAGCCCUGGAGCAUCUGCACAGUAAACUGUCCGUAAUCCAUAGAGACGUGAAACCUUCGAAUGUGCUGAUCAACAAGGAGGGACACGUGAAAAUGUGCGAUUUUGGUAUCAGUGGCUACUUGGUGGACUCAGUUGCGAAGACCAUGGAUGCCGGCUGCAAACCAUACAUGGCUCCGGAAAGAAUAAACCCUGAGCUGAACCAGAAGGGCUACAACGUGAAGUCGGACGUCUGGAGUCUGGGGAUCACAAUGAUCGAACUGGCCAUUCUUCGCUUCCCGUAUGAGUCCUGGGGGACCCCGUUCCAGCAGCUCAAGCAAGUGGUGGAGGAGCCUUCGCCCCAGUUGCCCGCUGAUCGCUUCUCCAAGGAGUUCGUGGACUUCACGGCGCAGUGCUUAAGAAAGAACCCCGCUGAGCGAAUGAACUAUUUAGAACUUAUGGAACACCCUUUCUUUACCUUGCACGACACCAAAGAGACUGACAUGGCCUCCUUCGUGACAGAGAUCCUCGGGGAAGACUCCUAA